CAUAUUUUGAAAUUUAGUUUGAUACGUUGGAGGCACAGCCUAGAGAAGAAUCAGAAUGGAGGGGCAACCGGGGGGCUUUCCACCUCCAGGCAUCUUACUCCCGAUGUCAACUGUUCACCUGAUGGGAAUGCCUGCUCCCCCUGGGAUAGGAUUUGCCAUGUCUGGAGCCCAAGUCGCCGAUAUUCUUGGCACACGGGUUAGCUACGCUCAGGCCGGUGAAUCUGCUCGUGCUGAUGCAUGGGGCGCUACUGGCGCUGCGGCGAGAACAUGGGCAGAACGUGCGCAGAUCAGUCCGUGGGAGCAGCCGAAAUAUUCUCAACAGCACAGAGAUUCCCAGCCCGAUCCAUGGGAUAAGGGACACGGAGACCGCAAUCGAGAAGACAACAGUCCGGAGACUUGGGAACGCACUGAUGGUGAAAGAAAGAGGAAAUCCCGUGAGCGAGAUAGAAGAGACCGAAGCUCCGAACGACGUCGAGGUGGACGAGAGGGAUCCAGCGACCAAAGUGACAGCCCCGACCGGGAGAAAGACCGAAGCCGGAGUCGGCGAAAGCGCCGUCGUCGUCGCCGCUCCCGUUCCCGCUCCCAUUCGCGUUCGUAUUCGCGUUCCCGCUCGCGGACUCGUUCCCGCACCCGUUCGCGGUCUCGCUCUCGUGACAGAAGCCGUGAUCGGCACCACCGACGGAGAGAGGAUGAUGACUACAGCCGUUUCCCCGAGGAAGAACCCAAGAUCCUUCCCCCAAAUCACACCGUGAUGGUUCGAAGGUUGGAGUCUGAGCACAGCGAGAACGAUGGAACGCUGGUCUUUGAUGAUGGAUCCAGGGCCUUCCUUCAGUACAGCAUCCCCAAGGAUGCCCCAAUGGAACGACGCAGUCAGUAUGACUGGCACUGCUUCAAGUGUGGAGCUCAUAAUUUUCGGCGUCGAGAGCACUGCUACAAAUGCCAGACAAGCAAGCGAGAGGCUGGUGGUGAUGGUAUUGAUGAAGUUUCUCCACAUCCCACCCACACCAUCCUGUUGCGGAACUUGGAUCCCCUGACAACAGAGGAUGGGGUCCUAGAGAGCUUAAAAAAUGUGUCAAAUAUGCCAAUCAGGAGUGUUCGCAUAGGCCGAGAUCCUCUGACAAGUGCAUCCCGUGGGAUUUGCUAUUUGGAACUGAACUCUGUUGUUGACUCCAUGCAUCUCUUCAAUGAUCUCUCCACUGAUCCUCCCAUGAUUGAUGGUCGCCAGGCUAGUGUAUCCUAUGCACGGUUGCCUCAACUGGGUGGAAGUGGAGGGAUGGGAGGAUUGGGAGCGGGUAAAGGAAAGGCCUUGUCAUCCCUGGCCACAUCAGCCCUUGCUGCAGCCCAGUGGACAAACCAGCUCCCUACUUAUAAUCCCAGUGAUCCAUCCAGCCUCAGAUCAAUGGCAGAGUACAGUGCUUCUCUCUAUGCCUCCAACCCAGACGAGUAUGCAGCCUAUGUUCAGUACUAUGAACUUUACUUUCAACAGCAGGUGGAUGCAGGACUUACCAUUUCUGUUCCUAAUCAGUUGGAUUCAUCAGCAGAUGCUGAUGCUGCAGUGAAAAAGGCUCUCAAAGACCAGAAGAAACAGGGAAGUAAAGAAGGAUCAGAGAAGAGUGGUGCCAUUGGACCCCAGCUCCCAUCAGGCUUUGAUCCCAACAAAAAAUAUCGUAAGUGGAGUACAGGUUUUACAGUACAGAGUCCUUUGGUACUUGCUGCUGCACUAACUCAUCUUUUCUUACUGAUAGCGGUCCCUGAUGUGAGCAAGUAUCAAUACGAGGAGUUAUCGGGCUAUUACUUUGACCCUCUGACACGUCUCUACUAUGAUGCCAACACCCAAUACUACUACAACAGUACCACACAGCAAUACCUGUAUUGGGAUGGGACAAAGCAAAUGUAUCUUCCUGUUCAAGGUAGUACAGAUGCAUCAGGAGGGAAAGAUGACAAGGGUGAUGACAAGAAAAGGAAGGAAGAACCCAAGAAGGUGGAGAAAGUUCAACAUGCAAAGAAGAUCGCCAAGGAUAUGGAACGAUGGGCUAAGAUGUUGAAUCAGAAGAAAGAGUCAGCAAAGCAUGCAAAGGAAGUUGCAUUGGCACAGCAAAUGGCUGCCAUCAGUGCCAAGACAGGUUCAGCUGAUGCUGGUUUUGCUGUUCUUCAAGGGAAGUCAACAGUUGACACAUUAACUUCAAUGUCUUCAACUCCUUUGUCCAUUCUGGCCAAUGAGUCCCGUCCCUCAACUGCAUCUGCCCCUGCGGGUGGAGGAGGUGAGAAGGCCCUGGUGGCAUCUUACGGUGGUGGAAGUGACAGUGAAGGGGAAGACUCCAUCGAAGCAGUUGAUGAGAAGUUCACAGAUUAUUCCAAGAUGGCAUGUCUCCUCUGCAAGCGCCAGUUUCCCAGUAAGGAUGCCCUCAGGAGGCAUCAGAGCUUGUCCGAUCUCCACCGACAGAACCUGGAACAGUACUUCCAGAGCAAGGGUCACGAUGGCAUUCCGCAGAAGUACAGGGAUCGGGCUGCAGAACGGAGACUCAAGUAUGGCGGCAGUUCCAACUGAUCUAGUGUUGAAAAAAAUUUUUCCUGUUAAGCUCAUAUGUGUAUAUUCAAUGAAGGAAAAAAUUUUGAAAA